AUGCGCCAGGUCGCAACACGGCCAUCGCCUUGGUCUCGCUUGUUGGUCGAGCCGUUGCGUACCAUGUCCAUGUCCACCACAGCCUCACGGUCUCCUGUGUCAAGCCCACCCCAGGCGAAACGGGUUAAGGUAGACGAUGUACCGCCGCCUAACGAUCGACGUAUGCCACGGUUUGAUCGGGGUGUCUUUUUAGCGCCUAUGGUCCGCACAGGCUCGCUACCUACGCGUCUCCUUUCGCUACAAUAUGGAGCGGACCUUGUUUGGGGCCCGGAGGUGGUGGACCGAGCUAUCAUGGGCACCGUACGUCGUGUGAAUGCGACGACGGGCCUUGUUGAGUUUAUGAAAGACGACAAACAGAUCUUCUCGUGCCAUCCUAAGGAGCGGCCCUACCUUAUAUACCAAAUUGGCUCAGCUACGCCCGAGUAUGCUGCAGAGGCUGUGCGGAUGGUGACUGAGCAUGACGAUGUUGCUGGCGUCGACUUGAACUGUGGAUGCCCAAAGCCCUUUUCUACGCUGGGCGGUAUGGGAUCGAAUCUCCUUUCGACACCUGAUCUGCUCUGUGACAUUUUACGUGCUAUGCGCCGAGCUGCCCCGCCCCAUGUCAGUGUGACGUGCAAGAUUCGGUUGUUGCCCACGCAAGAAGAUACCUUGAAGCUCGUCGAGCAAAUUGUCCGCACGCGCACGAUUCGAGCAUUGACCAUUCAUUGCCGUACGAAACCGAUGCGGCCCCGUGAGCCAGCAUUGCUUGACCGCUUCCGCGAGGUGGCUGCGCAUGUCGCAGCUGUGGCGCGGGAGACCGGGCAGGAUGUGCCUGUGGUGUGCAACGGUGAUUGUUUCGGCGUAUCUGACGUGGAAGCCUACCGUGCUCUCACAGGUGCAUCUGCCGUCAUGAUGGCCCGUGGUCCCGAGAUGAAUCCAUCGUGUUUCCAAUUGAAGCGGCAAUGUGUAGCGCGUGACAUUGCGCCGCAAUGGCUUCGAUAUGCGGCGUACUUUGACAAUCCAUUUGGGAAUACCAAGUACUGUGUUACGCAGCUAGCGUUUACAACUACAGCUGGUGCCAAGGACGUGGACGCUGAGCGAGUCUCUUCACUGCCUAAGCGUGUACUGGUCGAUAUGCGAGCCAGUCUCAGUCACAGUAAGACGCAUGAAGAUAUGGCCAAGGCGCUGGGUAUGGCGUGGCCUGUGGAUACCAAUGAUGUGCUUACGCCGCUGGACGACGCGCUCGCUGCGCGUGCGUCUACUCCUGCUACCUCCGCAGCCCUCUCAUAG